GUCAAUAUUGUCUAUUAUAAGAUUGGAUAGAUAACAACUAUUGUCUGUGGACACAACGAGUUGUAAUAUUUGGCUUGCUUAUUGGCAGUAAUGACUCCAGAUGGCAAGGUAUGGUGAGGUUUCAGUGGCGAUUUAGUUGUUUUUAAUUCAAAAUAAAAAUAUGAGCUCAAUGGAAUUCAUAAAAAAAAACUGUUCGGAUCCUGAGGCCUGGGAUGAAAGUAUGCUAAUUAAAUCCUAUGGUGAAUGUGUAAAACUUGGAAGCGAAGAAGUAGCAAAACAUGUUGCUAGUAACACCAAUGCCGAUGCAACAAAAAUAUUAGAAAACGAUUCGAAUAAUUCAAUUGAAUUUAAUAUUGGCGACUAUGUUAGAUCCACAUAUGGUGACGAUGGUUGUGAUUAUGAAGCUAAGAUAAUGUCGAAGGACAAUUCCAAUGGAACAUGCUUGGUUAAAUACAUUGGAUAUGAUAAUGAAGAAGUAGUUAAUCUGAAGGAUUUGUUACCAUCAUGGGGAAAAAGGUCACGCCGUUUGCAGUUUCAACAAGCGACCACGCAAGGAAGAGGAGAUAUUAACUGUAAUACUGCUAGUAGUAAGAAAAAAAUUCCAAUGGAUUCUGUUCCACCUCCUCCUCCUUUACCACCUAUGCUCACACAAAAUAUUUGUGAUUCGGAACAUUUAUCAGCUAUGUUAAUGUCCUGGUAUAUGAGUGGUUAUUACACGGGUAUAUAUGAAGGCAUUAAAAUAGCGAAAGAAAAACAAUAAUAAUAGUAAUAAGUCUGAUUUCACCAUUCAUCAAAACCUCAGAAAUAAAUAAAAUAUAAAACGUUGAAAUAAUGUGUCCUUAACAAUUUCAUACUGAAAGUAUAUUAUAUAAAAUUAAUGAUAUUUGCUAAGAUUCCAUAUAAAAAUAUGAAAUGAAAUAUAAAUACAAACGAAUUAAAAUAAAUCAAUGGAAAUGAUUGAAAUAAAAAUUAUAUCUCAAUUAAAAAGUGCAAUGAAUCUCUGUCCAUAGCUGUACGUAUAUACAGGUUCCUAGUAUGGAUAGCUAAAAGUGAAGCCUAUCAUCCAGAACGAAAUUGCGCGAGAUCUCUUGCUUCGCGCGAAACUCGAGCUUGUCAUCUGUAAUACUCUGUAGUUUGACUCCAAAGACGCCAUUCACCGGGAAAUUGUUCAGGAAUGUAUUAAUAUUUAAGGCAUGUCUAAUCCUGGCUAUGUCCAAAGUCUAUACGGUAUAUUGCUUGAUGCCGUCGACGAAUCGUAAGAAUGACCUCUUGAUGUUCCUGGGGAGCGGUACUUCUUGAAUGAGAUGGCUACGUCGAUAAUUUCGACGAAAGCAUUAAUCUACUUCUUUGCAGAAUAUCGUCGGAAAAACGAAAGCAUGACGAUUGGAAUCUCAGUGUGCUCUGCGUAAUCCAUAAAAAGGGAGAUCCCACAAUCUGCGCCAAUUACCGUGGAAUAAGUCUCUUCAAUACCGAAUAUAAGGUUCAGUUAAGCGUGUUGUGUGAAAGACUAAAGCCCGCCGUAAACGAACUGAUUAGACCUUAUCAGUGUGACUUUAGAUCUCGAAAAUAAAUAAAAGCGGCAACUUUACGUCAAAUAUCAAAA